AUGGUUGUCCAGGGUUUCAACAUUCACCUGAAGACACUGGGGAUGACCCGCUACAUGGUCACGGUUCAUGGGCGCUAUGAUGACAUUCAGGCUGCUAGCUGGAAGAGCAUGAGUACUUUCUGUAACCAGCCGUGGCUGUUGAUGCUUAACCGCACCGGCAUUGGUAAAGAGGAGCUAUGGAAUUCAGAUGUGGAGAACGAUCAACAGACUAUACAGACAGCCAAGCUGUUUCCGUUUUUCCACAUCUCUGAGAAUGUUGGCCUCAAGGAGGUCCUGUGGCUAAUGGGAGCCAUAGAGGAUGAUAAGGAGAAGAGCAUCUUGAAAAGGUGGAGAUCUUCUUGGAGGGUGUCCUUGUCUGACAUCCUAGCAAACAUCGACCUGGGAGCGGAGUUCCUGUGCAAGAGAAAGCUGUUCUAUAAAGUGGGAGAGAUUCAGUUGCAGAAAGCUCUGACUGCCCAGGGACACAAGGGAUUUUGUAGUUUCUUCAACAGUGCCAGCGUGGAGGACCAUGCCAGCUCUGUUCUGCAGACGCUCGAUAAAGUGGCAAGUGAGACUUUGUCUCCAGGAAUUGCCGCCAGAACUCUGGCCAACAUAGCUGACAUGUUGGGAGGGAUGGCUGGGACCAAGGGAGGUCUCCGAAGUGGUCCGGCUGGGAAUGUGUCUUGGAGAAAAGCAUUCUCUUACCUGGAGGCUGGGAAUUUUGCUCAGGGGGUGGCCGCGAUGGCUAAGGAGAGGGAGAAAUGGAUGAACAGGCCUGACCUGCUGAUACGAGCAGCCAGGCAUUAUGAAGGAGCUGCACAAAUCCUGAUCAGGCAGGCUGUCAUGACAGCAAAACAGUUUUUCAGUUCCGGAGAAGGAACCUUGCCACUGAUGAACAAAUGGGUACAGGCAGACUGCCCGGCUCGUAUUGACUUAUCCGGAGGUUGGUCAGAUACUCCACCAAUCACAUAUGAACAUGGAGGUGCUGUUAUCAUGGUGGGUCUGCUGAUCAAUGAGAAGAGACCAAUUGGUGCAAGAGCCAGGAGGAUCAAGGAGGGCGUGCUGCGUUUCACAGUAAUAAACGAGGGAUCGGCAAACACAGAGGUGGAGUGUCGCACACUGAGUGAUCUGGAGGACUACUGUCAGCCUCAUGCUCCUGGAUCCCUUCUGAAGGCAGCUUUCAUCUGUGUUGAUCUCAUCGAUCUGCACUCUGCCACACCUUUGCACCAGCAGCUGCAAGACAGUUUUGGCUGUGGGUUUGAGGUCCAGUCCUGGUCCAAUCUGCCUCAUGGCUCAGGAAUGGGAACCAGUUCAAUCCUUGCCGGAGCUGUUCUGGCAGCGAUACUCACAGCUGCUGGCAAAAGCUUCGACACAACAGGCCUAAUACAUGCUGUUCUGUAUCUGGAACAGCUCCUGACAACUGGUGGUGGUUGGCAGGAUCAGGUUGGUGGACUGGUUGGUGGGGUCCGACUGGGGUUGUCUGAAGCCAAACUGCCACUCAAAGUUGACGUCGUCGACCUGAAUAUCAGCAAAGACUACAUUGAGAAGUUUAACGAGAGACUUGUGCUGAUAUAUACUGGCAAGACAAGGCUGGCCAGGAAUUUGCUGCAGGAUGUUGUACGGAACUGGUACGCACGUAACCCGAACAUCGUCAGCACAGAGGACUCCCUGGUCAGACUAGCUCAGGAGUGUUCCCAUGCUUUCAUGGACGGUGCUUUCGAGAUAAUGGGGUCGUGUGUCAGCCGGUACUGGGAGAUGAAGAAGCUGUUAGCUCCAGGAUGUGAGUCGGUCACCAUUGCACAGAUUAUGGCUAUGCUGAAGCCGUACAUGUACGGCAUGAGUAGUGCAGGGGCCGGCGGCGGAGGGUUUAUAUACGGGAUCAUGAAAGAGCCAAACCUCCAUGCAUUUGUCCGGGAAAUUCUGGAACAGCAAGAGGAUUUGGAAGCUGUAGUGUAUGACGCAGUUGUUGAUGAAAGUGGCCUCACCAUCACAGUCGAGGAAUAA